AAAAUAAAUGUUUAAUUAAAACCAAUAUAUGUGGCUUAUUUAAUGAUCCUACGCACAAUUGGGAUGUCACGAAACUAACGAAGCGAGUACCUGAUUCAAUUAAAAAAGGAUACAUAUAUACAUUCUGAGGAUUAGAUGAAUGCGUUUAUAAAUAGCUUUAAUGUUUAAUACAAUUAUAUAAAUCAUAUCGAGAUAAUAUGCAAGGUGCCACAGCAGCUGUUCAUUGCUAAAAUAAACUAACAAAAACCACUGUUGUGUAAGGCCUAAAGUCAACUGGUCCCAGCAAAUUUAUGAAGGAAUAAAUGUAUGAAACGCAUAAUGAACAUAAAUAGAUUCGACAAAGUGUAAAUUUGGUAAACUACACAUAUUAUUGAGCUUGAAAGUAAAGCAGGUAUCGAUGAAUUGCUACUAAGCAAACAUCGCAACAUAGGAAUACUCGAAUACCGGUUCUCCUACAGUCAGAAACGGUUAUUGCAAAAAGAUGAUAAAGAACGAAUUCGGGUAGCAACCAAUAUUGUCAUAUUUCAUAUGCGAUAUUUGCCUUAACACUUAAGGGCCUUACCCACUGACAUUUCGAGUGUGAUUCAAAUGAAAGAAAACUUAAAAGAUACAAUAAGUUUUGUAUAAAAAUCUUUAGGCGAGGAAUAAAAAUAUUUCACCUAAAAUUUCAUCAAGCAAGACUGAAGUUCAGCAUCCGAAAAUAAGUAUUUUUAAAUUAAAAAAUUGUAGCAGGUAACUCUAUAAAUUAAAAGCGCAGCAUUUCAAUAGACGGACAAUACGAAAUAUCCAAAAUGGAAAAGAUACACCAGUAUUAAAAAGCCAAAUAAAAGAUGGUACGAGGCACUAUCAGCGACAGUCUCGGCAUUGGAUGUUCACCUUAACAGCACAGGUGUGGGACGGAGCAGUGGUGGGCUCGGAAUUCGCGGCGACGCUGCUCGACGCUCGGGUGCGGGAGUCGCGUGGGUGGAGGCUGGCCCGUUCGCCCACGGCGCCGCACCUAGCCACAACGCCGCCAAGGCGUAAAUCACGACACCUCCAUACCGCAGUGCUAGUUACCACCACUUACCACAAUCCACCGACAGCUGCCAGAAGAAGUCGGUUUUUAACUGAUUUCAUACUAACAAAACGAGAUGAUGACUCGUCCAAUAUUACCUGCAUCCGUUAUAUGACAUUUGUAUAAAAACAGACCUUAUGUUACAUAAAUCGAAAAGAUAUAUAUACUUCUAUCUACUAUACAUAUAUAUACUUCUCCAAGAGUAGCACUGUUUGAAGAGUCGGGACUUCAUGAAAAAAGAAAAGUUCUCCCAGAUACUACAAAAAAAACAGUCAACAAUAAAAAGAUGAAAGGACGUAUUGGCGACAUUGUAAGAAGUAAAUAAAUUUAUACAAAGAUUAAAUUUCAUUAGAUUAGAAAAUUCUUCAAAAUAUAAUUGCAGCAGUUAGAACACACACCGUAAGGAUAAAAUGUUUUUCAGAAUUGUAAUUUUGACCGAGUUAAUCAUUUAGAAGAACAAAAAUGAUGUUAUAAAGUCGCUGCUAAACGUUUCCAAGUAACCACGAUAUUACAGUCAAGUUGUAACGACAACACAUCGUUACAAUUCUAGAAGAAGAAAACGUCCUAGAUGGCAGUACAAAACUGUAUGCAAAUUAAGAAGCUACAAAACCACAACGAGCACCCCCAGUCUUUUUGCACUCUUUUUAUAUAAAAAAAAUGAUUGUACCAUUCAAUUAUAAGUUCGAAAUCAUCUAAAAUAAUACACAAACAAAGUGCAUGUAGUUACCUACUGUAAAGCAAUAACAGCGUCGAUUUUCAUUGCAUUUUGUAACCAAUAAGCAAUGUUAAGCCAUUACACGUUACAUACUAGUAUUUUAAUUUUUCAACUUAUACAGAUAGGACUGUAGAAAUAAUGGUACAUGUAUAUGUCGAUGGGAGUAAUGGAGCAAAACUCAAGAUCUGAUAACAACUUUGUGAUCUAUUUCGUGAGUCAUAAAGUAUAGGAUCAAAUGACGCGGCUACGAUAGUUAAGGCAUAUUCAAGGUGGAAAGUGAUGUCAUUGGCCCUACUGCGUGCUGUGGACGCUCCACUCGCUCUCUGUCACAGCUACUUUUGCUUUUCGAGUGAACAUUGUCCAUUCUAGCCGUGCACGUCAUUACUUUGGUAUUUUCUAGUCAUGAGCUUUUGACUGCAGAAAACUAAUUUAAAGAAAAUAAAUAAAAGUAGCAUAUUAUUAGAUUUAAUUUUGUUUAAAUAAUUAUUAAUUGCCACUUGUUUAUUACAUAUCACACAACACAAUCUUAAGCAAACCUUUAUGAAGUAAACUCACCUAGAUGCCAAAUACGUAAUAUUAAGAGAAGAUGCGAAAAAGCACUAGAUACAAAUACCAAAAAAGGUCCUAGAAAGUUUAUAUGUAGGUAAUUAGUUUCUAAACGAGUUUUUGCUUACGGAUACUGUUAGCAAUAAGAACGAAAUAAUUGAAUUGAAGAGGAUUAUAAAAGUAAUUCGAUUGUAAAAGUUAUAUGAAGAUCGGCAACAUGUUAUCAAUUUAGUACGUCACUGUUAGUUUGGCAUGCGGGUCAAGCUGAGUGGUGUAGCUUCCUGCGCUCGUUCGCCGGGAGCUGUAAUAGUUGUCGCGAUGGCAAGCAGUGGAGUGGCACGGAGGGCCGGCGGACGACGACGCGGACGGACGGCCUCACGGAAGGUCGACCGCCUCGUCCGCUCUGCCCCCCCCCCUCAUGCUCCCACCUCACUUGCACGCCCUCACCCGACCGCUACGUGGAAUUUAUAUAAUUGCCUUCAAUUAAAACAAGAAUACACCGAAUACCAUCUUUGAUACACAAACAUACAUGUAGCCAUUUUUAAUUACUCAUACACCGUUUAGUGAAACACUGAACGAAUUGCGAGAAUAAUGUUUCAUCAUCUUAAUUACACGGCAACGAAUAUCUACUACUACACAUCUGAAGGCGCAGUUAGCGUACGCACUAUAACAAUUUUAGUUGGAAGAUAUAUGUAAAGCCAUCUGAGCCAUUGAAUGAUGCUCCUACUAGCCCUUACGCUUUAAUAUAAAACAAGCCAUGUGUAAAGUUGGACACACGAUACAAAUUUACUGUUGUUGUUAUAUACUAACAUAUGUAUUAACCGCAUCGGACAGAAAUUACUAAGAGCAUUGCAAAGCAUGAAAUAUAAAAAAAACUACCAAUCUAGACCUCACUAAUUCUAGCAUUUAUUAUUGCGUAAUAGAGAUCACAUCGGACAAUUAAUUAAAAAUAUUGCUAUUUAAACAUGUGCUCAGACGCACGUUUAUCUCUCGAUGUUAUGUAAGCAUGGAUCAUACCUAACUACACUCAACACAUGGCACAAAAUAAUUACAAUGUUACUAUAUAUAUUGUGUAGAUGGCGUGCAAUACGUGUUUUAUGUCCUAUGUCAUUUUAUCCCCACUGUAUGAGUUGCAUAUACAUUUAUCAUUCUUGACAUCACAUUUAAGCUAACUUUAUUAAUAAAGUAGGUUAAAUAAAAACAUGGAUUUAAAGAAAGGGAAGUCGUCGAAUUGCUACAAGGCUUUAUUACAUAGCAUUUUUUAUUUCAGUUUUUCCAAGAGUUUAGGUAGAAAAAUAAAUAAUCAGGGCAAAUUAUUCAAUUCUAGUCUGUUUAACAUACACGUUAAAAGUUGUCAUACUAAAAUAUUUCCAAAGCGCGACGACCCGAGUCAAACGGACGCAAAAUAUGCGCGGAUCGCACCGACAUUAGUCGCAACGCUCUCAUUCACGUUUCUUUUAUCUGUGACAAACAUCCGGUAUUAUUUUCAACGCGUCCACGGCGUUAGUACUCCAAUAUUAUCAAACGAUUCGACCAUACAAUACGAUAAUAUAUUUAGACAAACAACACUUUUAAAUGAACAGUUUAUCAGUUGUUAAACUCGCAAAAGAUAAAUUUAAUGUUCAAAACAAUACUAUUUAUCGUUAUUAUGUAACUAGACAAGUUAUUUCGUAAUAUAGGUAUGUUGGAAUGAAUAAAUAAUUAUAUCGAAUUCAUUUACAUAUCACGCACCUUAUCUGCUAAUUAUUAUCUUUGCAGUUACUGGAGGUUUUGAAUGUAAAGAAACGAGAUAGUCUUUGACAGUAGCAGGAAGUUCAAAUAUGAUAAAUAUUAUUUGAGAAACAAUUGACAAUAAACUUUGCUUGUUGUAAAUACACACGCAACCGUUUCACUUUCAAUCAAGUUUUCAAAUUUGUUCAGCAUGUUUCCAAAUGUAGGAACGCUUAUCAUUUCUAAUACUUAAAUGAAUAUACCUAGUUAUAAAACAGAUGGAACCAAUUUAGCUGCAUAGGUGCAAGCAAUGGCGGAUGGAAAGUACGGGCGGAGGCGAAGGCGGCUUCCGCUUCGAAUCGACUCGCACCGCCUUCAGAAUAACAAACGAAACCUGAUUUCUAUCGACUGGGCCAACGAUUACACCGCCUACUCUACCAUGAGAACACUGUCGUUUAUCCGUAAUGAUUCAAGUAACGACUGUUAUUAGCACAGAAUUUCGAACUUUUGUAAACCUUUGGAAAUUAAAAUGAAUAUUACUAACUUAAUCAACAGGCAUGUCUUGGAGGUGUUGUAUUUAUGAAUUUGCCUAUUCAAAUAUAACAAAGGGUAACUGGAGCCAUGUACGGCGAAAACUGAUUUCUUAUUAACCCCAUUGUCUGGACGACACUCCAGAAUAGUGAGUUGACCAUUACAUUCCAUGAAGUGCGGCCAUACACUGCACAGCUUGGAAGGCAAUGGUAUCGUUUUCACUGACGAUGUAUACCUAUUUAGGCCACCCAUUGUCAUUGUUCUUCCAUGAUUGGCAUCAGUUUUCGUAACUUAUACGUUCAAUAUGGCACUCCUUGCAUUAAUUUUAAGCUUAUAUACAAUGAUGACAGAACAACAACCAAAUUAUCCGUAAAAACAAUAUUUAUAUUAAACAUAAUAAUGAUUGCCCCUUAACAGUACCAAAUCUGGUAUAGUAUCUAGACCAACUAACAUGUAUGUUGAACGAAUCGAGGAAAAAUUUCUAAACUUGUUCGAUGUCAAUUUAUAAGCACAAAAUUGAUUUGGGAUAUUGAAAUGCAAGAAGUUUAAUAUGCGCGAUCAGUUGCAAGUGUUAAUUUUCAUCAGUUGGUUGACUUUGAUGGAGUGAACAACCAAAACGUGUGGCCCAAGCAACAUAUGUAACAAUAGAAUCUAAAGCGAAUGUACGAACUCAGGUAGAGAAACAUUUUUUGUAAGGGCAUAGUCAUUCUUUAGUCCCAUCCAUUCAAAGUCGAAGUUACUGCACGGUCUUUUGUUCUAAUUUGUGUAAUAAUAAUACAUUUCCUCGAGCAUAUUUCUGGAGUUGAAUGGCUUUUUGUUUAUUCAUAUUUUGUAUUUGAAUAUGACCAUCAGCGCUUUAAACCUAGCGCUUUAAACCUAGCGUUGAACUUUGUCUUCCGUGUUUACGUAUCAAUAUUAUAAUGUCUCUAGAGAUAAUAGCGGUAUACUGAGAUAAAUAUUUUUUGUAAAUAUUUUUGUUUACCAAAUGCCUAUGGUAUACUAAUAGUAGUAAUUAGUCUUUAAUGUGUUUGCUGCGUCAACAAGCUAAAAGUAGAACUAGACAUUCUUGCACUGAUCUGAAAUUAUCGUAGACAAGUCUGAUAGUAGUUACUUUACAAUUUUUGCAGCCUGACCGUAAAACAUAUUUGUCAUUAUACGUUAUGCGUUCUGUAUUCUGCAGAAUUAGAUGCAGAUAACAAUAUGACGUAAUAAAUAAAUGACACUGGAUCUACAUGGUAUUUUCACAAUUGGGAGAUUGGUAAAUUCUAACUGUGUGAUAGGUUGUAAUGUGACAUCCGUGGCGGUGUGGCGCUGCGUUAUCGCAUGUCCUUGACACAGAGACGCGGCGUGCACAACGCGCCUUAUUGUCGCUGCAACCUUGCGAAAAUUACCGCUCGCGAUAACAGAUGCCGUCGCCGUCGUCACCGGCGCGUCUCGUCCACGCGUUUACCAAAAUAUAGUAGUGAAUGGAAACGUUACGUGCCCAUGAAUUUCAAAACAUCGUUAAUCUGAAAUAGAAUGCUAAUGAUGUUUGCUUCUGCAUUAAAUAAAAAUAUUAUUGUACCUAUUGGCAAUGCUGUUACGUCACGUAAUUUCUGAAUUUAACGUAAUUUGCAGUAAGAGGAUAGUCAACCAACUGAAAUUUAAGCAUACUGAAACAAGACUUGCAGAUUUCUAGUGCUGAAAGUGCAAGAUAAAUGUGGGUGGUAUCCCGGUGGUGCGACUCUCGCCGACCGGAAACCCAAUUCCCGGAUGGGGCUGCGCGGGGGGAUCUCGCCGGAAGCUUGGUAAACGAGCACAUCCGCUGCCGCCGCCCGCGCCGCAAAAUUUGGCACCGCGAGCGCUCGCAGCCCGCUUCCGGCCUCCGCCCCCGGACCCCUAGCGUCGCUCUCGCCCGCGAAAAUAGCGGCCAACCGCUCCGUGUACGCGGUUCAUUCAGUAUGGCCGCCUUCCAUUCAUAAAAAGGCGAGGCGCAGGCGGCGUGUUGCGCGGUGAAGGGAGGGCGGCCUCUCCCGCCGACCCGCACCCGCGGCCGACGCCAGUGCGGAAUGUGCCAGCGAACGGAACGGUCGUUUCGUCGGAGCGUAGCCCUAGCGCUCCCGGUUUUCCAUUAAAAUGUGUAUAAGAAUAAGUGCAGUGAAUCCGCACGAGUUCGGAACGGUUACAAAAAACGCCGUCGUCGAGAUUAGGAGUAGAAAUCAACGAAGAACUUCAGCGAGGAAGUGGGGACGAUGAGGGAACAGGAAGGCGACGGCCCGGAGAGCCGUUAGCCGUACUCGAUGGAUGAGUAUGGCGGGCCGGCGGCGCCGCCCCGGCCGCCCAAGCCGGCGGCGCGCGUCCACAGGCCGACGGGCGCGCGCCAGCCCACCGUGUCGCUGCUGCGGCCGCGACCUGAGGCCGAGCGCGAGCGCAACGCCUACGUGGAGGCUCCGCGCAGGGCGCACGCCGCGCCCGCGCCCGCGCACACGGCCGCGCAUCAGCCGCUCAAGCCGGUGACGACGCAGCCGGCCGCCGCGGCCGACAAGCGGCGCGCCGGCGCCCUCUCGGCCGACUCGAUAGUGUGCGACACCUGCGGCCGCUGCCGCUGCGAGCAGUGCGCGCGCCCGCGCCCGCUGCCGUCCCGCUGGCUGUGCGGCUCGUGCCUGUGCAGCGCCGAGGCGUGCGUCGACUACGCGUCGUGCAUGUGCUGCGUGAAGGCGCUGUUCUACCACUGCGGGAGCGGCGAGGAGGAGGCGGGCGAGCCGUGCGCGUGCGGGCCGCGGCUGGCGUGCGUGGGCGCGCUGGCGCUGGCGCUGCCGUGCCUGUGGCUGUACUGGCCGCUGCGCGGCUGCGCGGCGGCGGGCGCGGCGCUGUACGCCCGCUGCCGCCGCUCGGGCUGCCGCUGCCCCGAGCCCCCUCCGCGGCUCUCCAGUAUUAUCUAGUCCCGCCGCGCGCCGCCCGCGCCCUCCGAAGCGCCGAGUCGAGCGGCGCGACCGCGUUGUACAAAUAUUUAUUUGCGAGCGGAGAGCUUCGGACCGCGCGGGGGUGGACUCAGUGAACGCUGUGCCUGGUCCGAGUGGUGUGUGGUGGCGCGGGGCCGGCGUCGGACGAGCGCCCCGCGCUCACUGAGUGAAUCGUCUACGAGUACCUUGUAAAUAUAGUCGUAUAGUGUGAAUGUACGUGAACGUGUCGCCCGAACGUCGAAAGUCUCAAAUUUUCUUGAGACCGUAACGUGUCAUAAGAAAACGUUAACGUUAGUAUUUUGGAUUCCACACAAAUCCAGAGAAGA